GGAAAACAGCAACGAAGCCGAAAUCGGAUUUGGAAGAUUUUGCUGGUUUUUUCGAUUUUUUUCAAUUUUUUCGAUAUUUGUCCUAAAAGGCCAUAUGACCCGAGUCCAGCGAGAGAGAGAGAGGGAGAGAGGGAGAAGGAGACGGACAAAAAGGGGUGAAGAAUCAAUUGAAGAAGGAAUGCCAUGCAAAAGGACUCAUGAUCGUCGCACUGGGAACUGCAGAAGACCGACGUUUGGGACAGAUUGCCCAACUGUGAAGAAGAACUGUGAUCUGACCUGACUCACUUUGCUCUUUGGUCAAAUCGGUUAGUGCGAACACAUUGGAUCGCAGAACGACUCGUGCUGGUUUGUCAAGAACACGGACGACUGCCAACCAGAUGGUGGAUUCAUCAACUACCUCGAACUCCCGUACUGCGUCAUGCCGCUCCCCGCUGCCAUGUUCAUCCUGCUGUUCUGGCUCGCGUUCUUGUUCGUCAUGCUCGGUGUUACGGCCCAAGAUUACUUUGUCCCCGCCCUGACGGUCAUUUCAGACUUUCUCCACCUCAGUCAAAACGUCGCGGGUGUCACCUUCCUUGCGUUCGGCAACGGCGCUCCCGACAUUUUCAGUGUCAUUGCUGCCUUGACUGCAGCAAAGGAUGGUGCAGGUUUUGCCGUCGGAGAGCUUUUUGGCGCUGGUGUCUUCCUCACCACCGUCCUUGUCGGCGCAGUGUCGCUUGUGGGCCACAUCAAGCUCACCCGGCGCCCGUUCUUGCGCGACGUCUCGUUCAACAUUGUGACCGUCUCCCUGAUCCUGCUGCUGCUCUGGCAAGGCAAGAUCUACUUGUGGCAGGGUGCAUGCUUCAUUGCCAUCUAUACCAUCUAUGUCUGCACGGUCGUCUUUGGUCGCCGACUCUACCAAGCGCGAAAGCUAAAGCGCGAGGCCGAAGCCCGAGCGAAUGGCGAGGUUGUCGAUAAGCCCGAUCGCAAGUCACGCGAUUCAGAUGUCUCUGGUGACGUCUCUGUUGCUGGCGGCAUCAAUUCGACUGGGAUUGCCAUCUCUGUUGAGCCGGUCGACAUGCCCUCCACUCCCACCACGCCCACCACUGACGAGAUUGACCCGGACGCUGAUGGAUUCCUCGGCCAUAUCUCUCGCAGCAUUCGCUCAAAGUCAAUGAAGGAGGUCACUGAAAACCACCACAGCCGUUCUCGCACCACCUCGCCUCGUCCUUCCGGCCAACACAGCAUCGAAGCCGCGCUUUCCCCUUCAGAAGCCCUCACCACCUCGCUCUUGGGUCACCCAGUGCUCUCCAGCGUCCCUGCCGGCAAAGCCAAGACACCUCGAACCAGCUUUGUCAAGGAUGAACACACACCUCUGAUGCGAACGGAGAGUGAUGAGCAAUCCUUGGCAAGCACCCUCUCGACAACACUGCCGACGCUUGUUGGGGGUCUGAUGCCCGUCGAUCUUGAGGCCUGGGAAAACGACCGCUGGUUCCACAAGGCCUUCCAGAUCUUCAAGAUUCCGAUUUACGUCAUGCUCAAUCCUACCUGCCCUGUCAUUGACAAGGACGAGCAAAUGCACAACUGGAACAAGAACCUCUACGUGCUCCAGUGCUUGCUGGCGCCUAUCGUCGGUGUACUGCUGACCAAUUUGUUUGCAACCGAACUCGGUGGCGGCUUCACCGUGUGGAUGCUCGCUCUCAUCGCUGGUGUUCUUCUCUCUGCGCUUGUCUUUUUCACUUCCGAGUACGAUCGCCCGCCCAAGUACCACACUGCAUUUGCUUUUGUUGGCUUUGCAGUGGCGGUGGUCUGGAUUUACGCGACCGCAAACGAGAUUGUCGACUUGCUCGAGACAUUCGGUCGAGUGCUCACUCUCAGUGAUGCCCUUCUCGGUCUGACGGUGCUUGCACUGGGCAACAGUAUCGGCGAUAUGCUUCUUGGUAUUGGUCUUGCAAGUAUCGUGGCAUGUACCACCAUUGAAGAUCCCUAUCCGUUUGAGAUGUCAAGUCACAUGCUUGCAUCCGGUUUGUUCUUCCUCGGCUCGCUCAUCUCCUCCCUGAUUUACGUGCCAUUGAACGGAUUCGGUGUUGGCCGCAAGUAUGGCAUUUAUCUGCUGGUCUUGUACACUGCCUUCUUUGUGACAUCCAUUACGCUCGAAUUCGUUUAA